GCCGAGCCGGGCUCGCAGUCCGGGAACGCCGCCGCCGCGGGCCUGCCGGGUCCCCCUGGGGGCGCGCCGCCCGCGCAGACAUGGCCAAGUGGGGCCAGGGCGACCCGCGCUGGAUCGUGGAGGAGCGGGAGGACGGCACCAACGUGAACAACUGGCACUGGACAGAGCGGGACGCCACCAGCUGGUCCAAGGGGAAGCUCCGAGAGUCCCUGGUGGGUAUCGUGGUGGAGAAUGAGGCUGGUCGCUGCCAGAUCAGUGACCUGAAGCAGGUGGAAGGCGAGGCUUCCUGCAGCAGCCGCAAAGGGAAGCUGAUUUUCUUCUACGAGUGGAACAUCAAACUGGGCUGGAAAGGUAUAAUUAAAGAAUCUGGUGCGAAGCACAAGGGAUUGAUUGAAAUACCCAACCUUUCUGAAGAAAAUGAAGUAGAUGACACUGAGGUGAAUGUGAGUAAAAAGAAAGGAGAUGGGGAUGUACUGAAGGAUCUUAUGAAAACUGCAGGCACCGCCAAGGUCAGGGAGGCCCUUGGAGAUUACCUGAAGGCACUGAAGACGGAAUUUACAAUGGGAAUGAUUUUACCAACGAAAGCAACUGCAACCCAGGAAUUGACUAUUAAAAAGAAACUGAGUGAGAACACCUUGCAGAUUCAGGCACCACUGGGUGUCAGGAUCCCCACUGUGGCGCUGCACAUGACGGAGCUGUUCGACGCAGGCGUAGAGCGGCUGUACAGCAUCUUCACUGUGAAAGAGUUGGUGCAAAAAUUUUCUAAAUCUCCUGCCGUAUUAGAAGCUGAAAAGGGAGGGAAGUUCCAAAUGUUUGAUGGAAAUGUCACCGGUGAAUAUAUAGAACUGUUAACAAAUGAAAAGAUUGUCAUGAAAUGGAGAUGUAGGAGCUGGCCAGAAGAACACUAUGCAACAGUUGUACUGAAUUUUGUGCCUACUCCAGGGCAAACGGAAUUACAGUUGGACUGUAAAGGAGUUCCUGUUUGUAAAGAAGAGAACAUGAAAUUCUGUUGGCAGAAGCAGCAUUUUGAAGAAAUAAAAGGUUUACUGCAGCUGACCACUCUAAAUUGUUGAAUUAGAAGAUUUUACAAGAGCAUUACUUUUUGUAAGCAGAAAGUUACUUCUUCCCUAUCAUUUCUUUUAAAAAAGGAAAACAAAAAUCUUAAUUUAUAUUGGAUGACAUUCAUGAACUUUACAGAAUUUAAAGCAUUGUUUGAAUCUUGACUACAAGUAAGAAGUAGCAAGCAACCUGAAAUUAAGUACUUAACCUUACCUCCCAUAGAUGCUCUUCUGGGAAUACAUUGAAUUCCUGAGUACUGAUGAAGUUUCCUAGCCUAAAGUUUGUCCUUGUAGCAAGCUUGCUUUCUGCUGUAGUUUUAGUUCAGGAAGACAAGAAUAACUGGCACGUUGAUGUCAUUCCUUUAUUUACUCCAGGGUUUUUAAGGUAGGUAGCUCUUAGGUUAGUGAAACAGUGGCAUGUUGCACUCAGAAGCAUGUUGAAGUGAGAGGAGUUGGUUGUAUUGUCACACUUCUCCCUGCAGCAGUAAGCAUUACAGGGUGGAAAGGACUGAAAAGUCUAUGGGAAUAAGUUACUUUUGGACUGCCACUAACACCUCUGACAAAAUAGAAUACAACCAGUAAGUGCUUCCCCAUUCACAGUUUUCUCAUUACUUUCAUCUGAGAAGACUGAAGCAACGUAUGUAAACAAAUGAAAAGUAAUCACAAUCAGUUUAAUUAAGUGCACAGAAUAGCAAUCAGUCAUGUCAAUAAAAAUAAAACAAUUAUUUUUA